AUGACAAGCCUACGAGCACCUCAACCUGUUGCUGCUCGAGGCAGAGAAGCACCCUGCUUCCUCGCUUGGAAUCUACGUCCGUCUUUCCACUUUAAUCAUGACGAAGAACGUCUAAAACGACUUACCCGGAUGGCCGACGUUGGACGCGGCUUCCCAGCAUCUAUCUACCUGCCUGCGACCUCGCUGCUCACGCUCUACUCGGCGAGCAAGCUCGCAGCUGCCGUUGCUCCCACCGAUAUCUCGCAUGCGACGUCUCGAAGGCGAGCAGAGAUCGGCGUGCCAACCUCGCUCCGCUGGAGGGUCGGAACUGCAGUCAGCUCGGAUGCCGGCCUUGAAGUCGGUCGGAUCCGGCUUCCGGUGGCGGCCGCAUUCCGGGUUCUCGACACUGUUCAGUUGCAAUGCUCCGCGUCUUCGUACUUGAUGCACGGGUUGACUCAUAACUUACAACUCAGAAUGUCUUCGGACUUCGCCCAUCUGACAUGGUGGGAAAGCCCAAAAAGUGCCUCAGGGCCCUUCCUAGACCUCAUUGAGCCUGCUGCAUAUGCUGCAUUGCAGCGGGGCAAUGCAACUCUGGAUCGCCGACCCGGAAAGAUUCUCGAAGUCGAUACUGCAGUUAUUUUUUCGUCUGCUUGCUUCGGCCUCGGGGCUGCAGCUGUGAUAUCGGCCAAGAUCCAGACGAAAGCCAAGGUCUACACGGAUCGGCAGGCUCAGGGUCUUCUUGCCUACACAGUAUGCACACCGCAGCAGGCGGAGUCAGGGGAAAGGAGCAACAAGCAUGUCGGCCAAGACCCAACUAAGAUCUCGUUCGGUUUCUCACUUAGCGGUCUGAAAGCAAACAGCGCGUUUCUCAAUCUGUUAAAGACCAUUUAUCACAACGCCAAACAGAGCAGUAUUGGAGCAUGGAGUGAUGUCGAAGUUGGCUUACUGUGGGGAAAUGAGUACAACAUCUUUUCCCACUGGAAUCGACCCUGUCCUUGGGCGAUAGCCUGGAUCGAAAGAAAACAACAGUACCCAUUGUUACCCGCCAUGCCCUGCAAAGACCUUUUCCGCAAUUUUCCAUCUACAGAAGCUGUUUUCUGGGAAGAGUGGGAAAUAAGAUGGAGCCGGGCAACAAUUCCAGCGUCGCCUAGAAAUACCCAUGGGCUGAACAGGCCACAACUAGUGUCCAAUGAUGGAGGGUGUUGCUUUGCCAUGGUCCAUGGCGAGUCACUGAACUCCAAUUCCAUCCAGUUGCCUCUUUGGCUGCUGCAAUACCAAUCCCAUUUUCUACCAACUCCAUACCUUUCUGCUUGGUCUGCAGCCAGGUUACUCCUCUUUUGCAAGCCCGUUAUCGCCUUCACAGCUCAGGUUCACUUGACUUGUCCCGAUGCUUUGUCCCCUCUCCGCCGUGGACCACCCGAUCUGACCUUAGCCUUUCUGAGACGUCCUCCCUCCUCCCCCCGUCAGGCCCCGCUCUGCAACGACAGCGCCGAGUCCAACGGCCGGCAGCACCCCGAUGCCCCUCCGGAGCUACCUGUGCACUCGACCAACCCACCCCUUUCAACCAUCACCCCCAGGUACCAACAUCACUCGCCUCUUCUGGUGUUCAUCCUGAAGUGUCUCCUUGCCUUGUUUGAAACCUUCAGUCUCUCUGUCUACCAGCUGACGGGGCUCUCUACGAAUUCUCAUACGUCUUCCUGGCGUAUCCGCAUCUUCCACCUCCUCCUCAAAUAUCUCUUCCAAUACCGCAUUCUACGACGCACGCGUUAUACACAUCUCUCUCGAUCGUUCGUCAUCAUGCCUGACGAGAAAGAUCCCCCGGUCGCCAAGCCUGAGGAGGCGUCCGACUGUGCCAUCGACAGUUCUGAUGACGCCGACGACGAGUACAUCGAGACUCAGAUGUCGCAGUCCGAGCUGAAGAAGAAGCAACAGACGCAGCGUCGGACGAUCCAGCAUAUCGUUCCUUUCAAAUGGAGCCCUUUGGUGUUGCCGCUGACCGAGUCGAAUCUCGAGUCUUGCGUCGCCCUCGAGGACGCUGCGUUCCCUGAUCCGAUUCCCCUGCGUCCCUUUUCCCAAUCUCUUCUCCUUGCGCCAUCGAGUCUGGGUGUUCCGCCGAGCCAAAUUUAUGCAGAGCUCGCCUCAUUCAUGGAAAUGAGAGUUCUGCGAGUUUCUAUCGUCGGCGGACGGAUAGGUCGCUUCAUGUACCGCCUCGCGACCUGCUCAGAUAUCUCCACAGGUCUCUUCUGCAGCGUCGUCCCGGCCGAGGCCGAGGCUUUCCCUCUCUCGACCAUGACCGUCGCUAGCCCCGUCGAGACAGGUCGCGCCAACGGAGCCAAGCUGGUCCUCCUCGGCCACGCCGUCGCGACCCUCGGCGACGGCCCCGUCGUCAGCGACGACGACAUGGCCUACCCGGACAACUGGCGCGAUCAAAAGUCGGCCAAGAGCACGGAUGUCGGCCACAAGAUCAUGGGUCGCACGCUGUGCCUGCACUCCUUUGCCAUCGACCCCAAGCUCCAGGGCCUGGGUCUCGGCAAGCUUCUCAUGAAGUCGUACCUGCAGCAGAUCAACAACUCUGGCGUUGCGGACCGCAUUGCGCUGAUCUGCAAGGACUGGUUGGUUAGCUACUACCAGCGCUUCGGCUUCAAGCGCGUCGGUCCUAGCAAGGCGUCUUUCGCUGGUGGCGGCUGGAAUGACAUGGUCAUUGAACUUUCCGGCCCGCCCAAAAAGGGUCCCGAUGCCCUUAAGGCGUCCGCCGAGUACUACGACUAUCCGAGCUCUAGACGGGACAAGAACGCCCCUGUUUGUUUUGAGACAAACAAACCGGGAGGAACUGGGAGUGGCAUACUGGGUGGGUUGUCAACUCUAAACAACCUCACUUUUGCAUGA